CGGUUGAGAAACAUCUUGCGACCAGGCCAAUUUGGGUACCGAAGAUGGCGGAGGGCGAGAAGCUGACACUGAAGUCUUCCCAGGGUGAGAUCUUUGAGGUGGAGCCGGAAGUGGCCUGCAUGUCUACCCUCAUCAAGAACAUGGUGGAAGACAGUGGCACAGAUGAAGAGAUUCCCUUGCCAAACGUGAAGACCGCCAUCUUAAGCAAGGUCAUUGACUAUUGCAGGUACCACAAGGACAAUCCGCCUGAAGAGAUUCAGAAGCCCCUGAAGAGUACGAACUUGGUUGAAUGUGGCGUCUCUGAGUGGGACAAUGAGUAUGUCAACAUUGAACAGGAGGUCCUUUUCGAGCUGAUUUUGGCUGCCAAUUAUCUUGACAUCAAGAGCCUUCUGGACUUGACUUGCGCGAAGGUUGCCUCCAUGAUCAAAGGCAAGAACACGGAAGAGAUUCGCAAGCAGUUUAAUAUUGUGAAUGAUUUUACACCAGAGGAGGAAGCGCAAGUGCGUGAGGAGAACCGUUGGUGUGAAGACGCUUGAUUUGCGAGUGAGUCUUGUGACUUACCGACAUUCACCGACUAUCGCAUGAUUCACUCACUCAAAAUCCCGGUGUAGUUUCCCCCGUGCAGUCUUU